UCCGAUGCUGUUCUAUUCAUUGUGAAAAGAGCUUUACGCUUGCCCGAAAUGAUCAAACGGUUGCGUUGGUUCGCCUCGGUACCCUGGGCAACCUUUUGGUUUUGCUUCGUCGUUCCAAAGCAACGGUCACAAUGACAUCUUUAGAUUUGAGACAACAGAAACUGGAGCAACAGCGGCAGUUAAUAGCUCAAAAAAUGAAACAGAAAAGACAGAGCGGCGCUGGCGGUAUGGUACAGGCGUCAAACGUUCCUGGCGUUCAGCUGAACAGUCAUUCUACAAAGUGGAUGAAUCCGAGCAAUGAACUCCAUGGAUAUGAUGGUCCACUGCAAUUUACAAUCUCCCCAAACAAUCCUCAUCUGGGAGUGCCAAGAGAAAACAAGACUAUGGAAACUGAUAUCUCGGAGAUAAGCGGCGAUGGUGCUUUCAAUGAAGGUUUAGAAGCGAGCGAUUGCGCCGACGAAGAAUCUUCGCCCUUGGACAUACGAAUGCAGUCUGAAGCUCUUUCCUGUCGUUCACCACUCCGAAUAGCUCCAUCGGAUGGUCCUGAAACGGUUAUAAUAAGUAGGGAAAAUCAUUCUUCGAGUCCUGAAUUAGAAGGCAAUGUGGAGGGGAACGUUGAACAAUUCGUGUUGCAACCAGCAAAUAAAAAAAUGCAUUAUAAAUGCAGAAUAACACGCGAUCGAAAAGGCAUGGACCGGGGACUAUAUCCUACGUACUUUUUACAUCUGGAGAGAGAUUAUGGCAAAAAGGUAUUUUUGUUGGCUGGUCGAAAGAGAAAAAAGAGUACAACAAGUAAUUAUUUAAUUUCGACGGAUCCAACUGAUUUGUCUCGUGGUGCUGAGUCAUUUGUCGGCAAGCUGCGAUCGAAUCUUCUAGGAACACAAUUUACCGUUUACGACAGUGGUUAUUCCGCGAUGAAAGAUGAUAAGCGCGAGGAGCGCUCGAAUCCGCGACAAGAAUUGGCUGCCGUUGUUUACGACACGAAUGUUCUAGGAUUUAAAGGUCCUCGUAAAAUGACUGUCAUCAUACCAGGAAUGACGUCCGAUCAGAAGAGAAUACCGAUUUGUCCGCGGGACGACGCGGAAACUUUACUCGAAUGCUGGAAAAUGAAGAACAUGGAUAAUCUCAUUGAAUUGCACAAUAAAACACCCGUUUGGAACGACGACACACAAUCCUAUGUAUUGAAUUUUCAUGGACGUGUUACACAAGCUUCGGUCAAGAACUUUCAAGUAGUUCACGACAGUGACGUCGAUUACGUGGUAAUGCAAUUCGGACGUGUUGCGGAAGAUGUCUUUACGAUGGAUUAUCGAUUUCCACUAUGCGCAUUACAGGCAUUCGCGAUAGCUCUCAGUAGUUUUGAUGGGAAACUUGCUUGUGAGUAGGUCGAUCUCAAUCCCGUUUAUAAUAGAACGAAACAUUCGUAAGGAGAUAGCUUGUUCUUCACGGGCAAACUCAACGUUCGACAAUCAAAUAAUGCGAGCCGUUAAUUUAUAGAUCCGUUUUUAUUCGAAGGAUUAUUCGAAGCAAAUGCUUUCAAAAAAGGAACAAGCCUUUUUAUAAAUGAUCUCUCGAAUGGAGAAAUAAUCUGACAGGGAUCAGAUCGUACUUAGAGUAUUAUUCAGGGUUGCUUUACGCACACAUUCUCUGAUUGAAAUAUUAUUUCAUCGGAAUUUCGGUUGUCAAUUAUUUUGAAAGAACUUCUAAAAUGUCACACCUUUUCUCAGAUUCCAGUUUUAAACAAACUUGUUAUAUUAUAAUCAAUUCUAACUUUUCUUUGCAUCUCUUAAUGUGACCGAUUACACUACAUAGAAUGAAUCACGUUUCGAUUGAAUUUUAAUUUUUUAUAUCAGACCAAAUUUUCUUGGUAUUCAGUAUUUAUAUUAUAUAUGAAAUGACUUUCCAACGUGGAGAAAUCAACAGAAAAAUGCGAAACUUGGUCAUAUUUUUUGAAUACGCAUUUGAUGAUAGUUCUUAAAAGUUUCAAGAUCAUUGGAAUCAAUUUCAUAGAUACAUGAAUUUGCAAUUACGAUCAAAUUUGGUGCGUUGGGAAACCUUUGUGUGAAUUAUCCUUGAAGAUUGAUAUUUAGUGAAAGAAUACCUUGGAAUGAAUAACGAUAAAGUUUCUUAAUGAUAUAAAACGGUUUGACGAUUUGUUUGAGACAGAAAUAUUCUUUUUUUCUUCAUUCACACUUUUAUCAGAAAUAGGCUGACAAAUGAUGAGAAUUAACGACUCUACAAAUAUAUACACGAUUCAGGUUAUCGUCAUACGUGACUACGUUUUUAUGCGAACGCAAAGAAUUCGCACAAGCGCUAUGAAGACGUGUGUUCACUUUCGAUAAGAAUAGUAAGAAAUUACAUAUCUCCUCCACCGCGUUGUUCCAUGAGACUAUCAGUAUUUCGCUAGAGACUUGAAAGAGACGAUUUUUGGCAGUAUACGGAACGAUAAUUUUUGAUACGUCGGUGGAAUACUUUCACGACCUUUUAACUUUACUAUUGUCGAGACGAGAUUGAUGAAAAAAAUAACAAAUUAUCUUUCCACGACUAAAUUCACAAAACUUCAUCUGCAUUACGCCCGAUAUUAGAGCUUCAAUUCCACAGUACUGCGACAUUCUUUGAGGGAGCAUACACAUUAGCAACCGCAGAAAAAAAUAGUCCAUCUAAUUUUUUUCACAACUAAAUUUAACUGUAUGCUUGAAGCAAAUGAUUUUUUUCUCAGCUAUUCAUUCAUUUAAAAAACAAAUUUUUCGUUUUGCCAUAAAAAAGUUAACGAUGCGUUGGCGAAAAUGUAAUUUAGCCUCCUUAUAGAAUCGUAAAUGUGAGGGAAUUUCUAAAAAAUGACUCUUCGUAGCUCUAAAUGUAUGUGCCUCCUUAAAUUGUAACGUCGAUGUUAAAAUUGAAGGGUUAACUCACCAACAUCCGGUGGUUUUUUGGUAAGAGGUGCUUAAAUCAUUGCCGCGAUUUCUUAGUUUCGAAGCUCAUUCCGUGAAACCGUACAAGCACUAUCUGCUGUAGAAGAACUUUCAUAGAUGCAAACAAUUAUAUCCACCGUUACCGAUCUCGAAGUGUGCCUUCGUAGAAAAAUCUGUUGGUCAAAUAGCUGUCUGGGUUGGCGCAUGGCGUUUGAAAAAUAUGACCCGUUGAAUUUGUAAAAAAUAAAUAUGUAUUCCUCUUAAGCUCAAUCGCUUGUUUCAAAUUUGAGCUUGGAAUACGUCGAAUCGUCGAAUCUCAAUCAUUGCACUCGAUAACUAUUUAUCACACGAAUAUUAUUGUUUACAUAUAUAUAUAUAUAUAUUAAUGGAUUCUGUUUAAACUGUCGAUGUAACCAUCAAAGGCAGCGCUGUUAUGAAUUAUUCUUUGAAAAUAAUAUUUCAUUAAUCACUAUGCGUCUUAUGAGUGAAUGAAAUCUGUGUUCAAUUUUAUCACGAUAAAUCGACUAUUUCAGCUAAAAAAUUCGUACAGUAUUAUAUCGAAGAAAUCAGCAACUUAUAAUUCAAUAUAAAAUUACAAUUCGAGUAUUCUAGGAUAUAAGCAUAACAAAAUCAUGGAUUGAGAAGAGGAAGAACCAAAAUAUACGUUCAUUAAUUUUGUAUUCGAUUGAUUUGGCGAAAAAAAUCUCACCGAGCAGGUCUUGAUCAGGGUUCAUCGUCGAUUUGUAUGAGCUCCAUAUUGAGAUUUUUUUAGAAAAAAACGGUCCGACUUCAAUAUACUUGGAUUCGGUGACAUCUACCAUAGCGCUAAAUCGACGAUAGAUUAUAGAGUGUGUCUAGUCUACAAUUUUGUUAGUUUAUGAAUAAUGUCGAGUACAUUAGAUGUAUGUAUGUACGAAUGUUUCUCAAUGGAUCGGUAUUAGGUAAUAGGAUACAAAGUAUUAUAUAAUAAAACAAAAUAGAAUUACUUCGAAUUUUAA